GACUCCUCCCAGCACAUGACCAAGACUGGGCCGCAGCAUCAGCACCCUUCAUUGCAUCAUCAUCAUCUUCAUCAUCGCAGCAUCCAGACGGAGUGACGGAUUUAAACAGUUGAGGUUGCAGAUGAUGUGAUUGGCUGACAGCACAAGCCGAAAAUAUGAGCUUGGGACAAGCGUGCAUUUUCUUGCGAGGCGGGAAAAAUAUUUCAAGGGACCUGGCCGACGAUGAGAUAGAAGAGCUGCGUGAUGCGUUCAAUGAAUUUGACAAGGACAAGGAUGGCCUGAUCAGCUGUAAGGACCUGGGAAACCUGAUGAGGACCAUGGGCUACAUGCCCACCGAGAUGGAGCUCAUCGAGCUGAGCCAAAACAUCAACAUGAACCUUGGUGGUCGAGUGGACUUUGAUGAUUUUGUGGAUCUGAUGGCACCCAAACUUCUGGCGGAAACAGCCGGCAUGAUUGGCGUGAAGGAGUUGAAAAACGCCUUUAAAGAGUUCGACGCAGACGGCGACGGGGAGAUCACCACGGAAGAGCUGCGGUCAGCCAUGAUAAAGUUAAUGGGGGAGCACAUGAGUCGGCGAGAGAUCGACGCCAUCGUCAAAGAAGCCGAUGACAACGGAGAUGGCACAGUAGACUUCGAAGAGUUUGUCCAGAUGAUGUCGCAUCAGUGACUUUGGAGGUCAACCGACGACUCACCUCUGCGAAUCAUUUUGUCCAAUCCCGUUCAAACUCCUCACGCUACUGUUUAUUUUGUGCGUACUGUAUUUAAAGGGCUAAACAGAGCGUGUCGGUGGUAACCACGGUACAAUUAUAUCUCAUAUAAGUAGACGCAGGUGCAAUAAAUGAAGUAGUUUUAGAGUAUCAGUUAUGUCAAUUUGAUAACAUGCCACCCUCACGAGAAAAAAAAUAAAAUUGCAUAAUAUUGGUUGUAUAAUAGAAGCAGUGCGAUGAUCUAUGGAUGUUCCGGUGAUGUGAUUUUGCAAAAUGGAAAAAAAAAAAAUGCAUUAUGGCAGAUGAAACGUUUUGGAUUAAGGAAGCACAUCUGCCUUGGAUUUGGAGGAGCGUCAGGAUAAAGAGAUUGGAGAAGGCCGGCCGUUUGAUAAGAGUCCUCUAAAAGUCAUCUGACGUCACGCUUCCUUUCACAAUUGCUUUUUGGGAGAGAAAAUGGAAUCCGAGUGUCACGAUGGCGUGUAGGAAGCACGCAAGGUGAAGUAACCCGUGGCGGACAGGCUGACCUUCCGACACAGAUGAAUCCAAAUGGAGCCAUUUAAUUUGGAGCACAUCUAUCAUCUUCACUAUGCUGAUUAGAUGUGAUGGCUAAUAUGUUACAAAUCCAUGACCUGGCAUGUGGUGGAAGCAAUAAAAUACUUUUAGUAACUCAA